AUGGCGAACUCACGAUUUGGAUACGUACGAGAUUUCGAGGAAUAUGAGAAAUUAGUGCCUUAUAGCUUUACAGUGGUGCGAAUAGAUGGCCAGAGUUUCCAUAGGUUCUCGGAUAUACACCAAUUUGAGAAGCCAAAUGAUAAGAGAGCACUAGAAUGUAUGAAUUCUGCAGCAAAGUUUGUAUUAGAAGAAAUUCAGGAUGUUAUACUCGCAUUCGGAGAGAGUGAUGAGUUUAGCUUUUUAUUACGCCCACAAACAACUCUUUACGAUCGUAGGAAGGCAAAGAUUCUAACGAAGGUCGUAUCAGCCUUCACAUCUGCCUUUGUCUAUAACUGGGGACGUUACUUCUCAACACCUUUGGCCUAUCCACCAGGCUUCGAUGGAAGAACAGUUACUUAUCCCCACCCAAAGCAUGUCCGUGAUUACUUUGCGUGGAGGCAGGUCGAUACACAUAUAAACAAUCUAUACAACACCACGUUCUGGGCAAUCGUACAACAGGGCGGCAAAACAGAGCGAGAAGCACACAAGAUACUUCAAGGUACGGUUUCAGCAGAGAAGCAUGACAUUCUGUUCAAGGAGUAUGGUAUAAAUUAUAACACACUCGAUGAUUUAUACAAGAAGGGCUCCAUACUGGUGCGUAUACCGCCUCCCAUGCCUGAAAUCCCGGCGGAUGGCUCUUAUAAAGAUAAGAAGAAGAUUGAAAAGAUACGGAAAGAUGGUAUAGACGGUACGCGAGGCCCUAUUGAAAUUCUCCAUCUGGACAUCAUCAAAGACACCUUCUGGAAUGAUAGGCCAUGGCUACUGAGUCAACUUGAUUAG